UAGUUUUCAUUGCUGAAACAAAACCUAGCCGAGUUGUUCACAGUGAGUGCCGCAAUCAGAGCUUUUCAGGGUUUCUCCGGUCGCCGGCAAUAAACACCAUCAAUCAUGGCAACCUCCGCAGCAGCACCACGUCAGUUGUCUCAGAAGGAAGCUGAUAUUCAGAUGAUGUUGGCGGCCGAUGUCCACCUCGGCACCAAGAACUGUGACUUCCAAAUGGAGCGUUACAUUUUCAAACGCAGGAACGACGGGAUUUAUAUUAUCAAUCUUGGAAAGACAUGGGAGAAACUACAACUGGCUGCUAGGGUAAUUGUUGCCAUUGAAAACCCUCAGGAUAUCAUUGUCCAAUCUGCAAGGCCUUAUGGACAGAGAGCCGUUCUUAAGUUUGCUCAGUACACUGGAGCUCAUGCUAUUGCAGGAAGACACACUCCUGGUACCUUCACCAAUCAGCUCCAAACUUCCUUCAGUGAGCCUCGUCUUCUCAUCCUCACCGAUCCAAGAACUGAUCACCAGCCAAUCAAGGAAGCUGCCCUUGGAAACAUUCCAACAAUUGCUUUCUGUGACACUGAUUCUCCUAUGAGAUAUGUUGACAUUGGAAUUCCCGCUAACAACAAGGGGAAGCACAGCAUUGGUUGUCUCUUUUGGCUUUUGGCUAGGAUGGUUUUGCAGAUGCGUGGUACCAUUCGCCCUGGUCUUAAGUGGGAUGUGAUGGUGGAUCUGUUCUUCUACAGAGAACCUGAAGAGGCCAAAGAGCAAGAGGAGGAUGAAGUUCCUGUCCCAGAUUACGCCAUUGCUGACUUCAAUGCAGCUCCAUCAGAUGGACAGUGGCCCACAGCCAUUGAGCAACCAUGGAAUGAUGCAGUUCCACAGCCUAUUCCAGCAGUUCCUGCUGUCAACUGGACAGCCCCAGAAGCUGUUGCAGGGGAAUGGGGUGAAGCUGUUCCACCUCCACAACAAAUUCCUACUGCCGGAAUUGAAUCUGUUGCACCUACAGGCUGGGAAUAAACUUAGUUUUUGAUCUUAUGAAGUUCCAUCCCCUCAAGUUAUUUGACCCUUUUCUAUCCCAAAGUAAAAUUUGGGUCAGUUUUUUUUUGUAGCUUAGAAACUUUUUUCUACUAGUAUGGUCCAAGUGGCAUAAAUAUUGUUUAAGUCCUCAGAUUUUGAGUAAAGUUGUACUUUUAUUUAUGCAGUUUUAAUUCUUGAAUGUAUUGCACUUCUUUUUGCCUU